AUGAAGCUCGACACAUCGCAUAUGAGGUACUUGUCGAAAAGCGACUUUCGUGUGUUGACCUCUAUUGAAAUGGGAUCAAAAAAUCACGAUAUUGUGCCUACUCCGCUAAUCCACUCGAUUUCCGGUAUCAAGAACGCUUCUUUGGUGAAUAAAUGCAUCUCCAAUCUUGCAAAAAUUAAGCUUAUUUCUAGGGUCCGCAACGCAAAAUACGAUGGGUUCCGUUUGUCCUACAAAGGUUAUGAUUAUCUUGCUCUAAAGGCUAUGGUGCAAAGAGAAUCACUUUAUGCUGUAGGCGUGCAAAUUGGCAUUGGAAAAGAAUCCGACAUUUUUUCGGUUGCCAAUAAAAACGGUGAGACUCUUUGUUUGAAGGUUCAUCGUCUGGGACGCAUUUCUUUCCGUACAGUGAAAAACUCUCGGGAUUAUUUGGGCAAGCGCCAGAGCGCCAGUUGGAUGUAUUUAUCAAGACUUGCUGCCGAAAAGGAAUACAAAUUUAUGCAGGUACUAUAUGAUGCAGGCUUUUCGGUGCCCAAACCUAUUGACAACAGUCGUCAUCAUGUUUUAAUGUCUCUGAUUGACGGUAUGGCCAUGCUGAAGCUUCGUGAGCAUGAUGAUCCGGAACGACUGUACAAUUUGCUCAUGAAUUUCAUUCGACGAUUAGCCAGUCAAGGCUUGAUUCAUUGUGAUUUCAAUGAGUUCAACAUUAUGAUCCGAGAGUAUGAUCCAGAAGAGCCCGAACGCGAAGCAGUCGUUAUUGACUUCCCGCAGUGCGUUUCCAUCGACCACAAGGAUGCCAAAGAAUAUUUCGAACGCGAUGUCAACUGCAUAAGACUAUUUUUCGAAAAUAAAUUUGGCUAUGUCGGGGAUUAUCCCAAGUGGGAAGAAGUUGAGCGGGUUGGCCAUCUCGAUGUGGAGGCUAAUGCAAGUGGAAACGAUCGUAAAGCUUACCGGGAGUUAGAGAAAUACAUGAAGCAGCAGUUGGCCGAGAAGGAAGAGGAAGGUAAAUUCGAUGAGGAUGGAUCCGAGGAAGACGAGUUUGAAGAAGACGAAGACUCUGAAGAGGAACAGGAACUCGAGGAAGAAGACCUCGCCGACCAAGUCAAUGAUCUUAAACUCACAUAA